AUGAAAGAUAUCAUUUCAAACGUCAUGUUUUGGGAUCCCAGACAUCCGUCCGGCAUUCAAUUCGAGGACGGCGAGUUAAAAGCAAUUUUCUCGAAUGUGAGAUACAAAAAGUGGGAUAAAGUGAUAAUGAGCAUGAAUGAAACGUUGCAACAGCAUGAUUCAUUUCGCUUCUCUUUCUGUUCGAGAAGGACCAGGGACAAGACAGUCGACGUCGACUACGACGACCGGCAUCUUGAUGUGAUUAUUUUUCCUCGGCAUCUGCCAUCAUCGCCCUGGCAUUACCACGAGGCAACCCCAGCAGCUACGAAAUACAGUACGACCUCAAGCAAGAACUCCUGGUCGAGUUUGUUUGCUUCGUCACAAAGAUUGCUAGGAGCCGUUGGUGAUAAUAAGGGGUUGUUAAGUCAGAUCGAGGACAAGGAUCGUGCUGUGUAUUAUGGAGCCACAACUGCUUGGUUGACCCUCUUCCCUCCCAACCCCCCAUGCGGCCAAGGCAAGGUUAUGUGUUUUUUAUUUGUUUUCUUUUUCGUUCUCGUCUCUGUUCCUUCUUUGGGAAGCUGCACGAACGGGAGGAAUGUUGACUAUGACGAAAUGAAGACCGGUGAUGAACCAGGGUUCGUCUGA